GGAACGAUUUGUUUUGGUCACGAAAGGAAAAGGGAAACGAAACGACGUUUGGUUUUUGUAAACUUUAGGGGUUUUCUCAGCAGCCAAACAAAGCUUAGAAGCAGAAGGAGACCCAAGUGGCGGCCAUGGAAAUCGACAAUCCCAACUCCAACAACAUUUCCGAACACAAAUUCUCAAUCAACGUGUUGCAGCUCUUGAAAUCUGCUCAGAUGCAACAUGGAUUGAGGCAUGGCGAUUACACUCGCUAUAGGAGGUAUUGUACGGCUCGUUUGAGGAGGUUGUACAAAUCACUCAAGUUCACUCAUGGCCGCGGUAAAUACACCCGAAAAGCCAUCACUGAAUCUACUGUCACUGAAGUUAGGUUUCUUCAUCUCGUGCUUUACACGGCAGAGAGAGCUUGGAGCCAUGCCAUGGAGAAAAGGCAGCUUCCGGAUGGUCCAAAUUCGCGCCAGCGUAUCUAUUUGAUUGGUAGGCUGAGGAAAGCAGUUAAAUGGGCUACACUGUUUGCUCAGUUGUGCGCAAUCAAGGGAGAUUCCAGAACGUCGUUAGAAGCUGAGGCUUAUGCCUCCUAUAUGAAAGGGAACUUGUUGUUUGAACAAGAUCAGAACUGGGACACAGCAUUAAUGAAUUUCAAAAGUGCCAGGGCUGUUUAUGAGGAACUUGGCAAAUAUGGGGACCUAGAGAAUCAAGUUUUGUGCCGAGAGCGUGUUGAGGAGCUAGAGCCUAGUAUUCGUUACUGCCUACACAAAAUUGGCGAAUCAAAUCUACAAGCCUCUGAGCUUCUGCAGAUUGGUGAGAUGGAAGGUCCUGCCCUGGACCUUUUCAAAGCUAAAUUGGAGGCUGUCAUGGCAGAGGCAAGGUCUCAACAAGCUGCAUCCAUGACAGAGUUUCAUUGGCUUGGUCAUAGGUUUCCAAUAUCUAAUGCGAAAACUCGGGUUGCCAUUUUGAAAGCUCAAGAAUUGGAGAAAGAUUUACACGGUCCAGCCGCAGAUUCACUGCCAGCAGAGAAAAGACUGGCCAUCUUUGACAAAAUUUUUACUGCAUAUCAUGAAGCCAGGAGCUGCAUUCGUAGUGACUUGGUCAGUGCAGGGAAUGCCGAAAAUGUGAAAGAUGACUUAAAUGGUCUUGACAAAGCCGUUAGUGCUGUUUUAGGACAAAGAACCAUUGAGCGCAACCAGUUGUUAGUUACAGUUGCAAAGAGUAAACUUACUAGGCGACGUGAUGACAAAAAUGAGAAAGUUACCAAGCCUGAAGAGCUAGUUCGCCUAUUUGAUCUUUUAUUACAGAAUACAUCUGAUCUUUCAGAUUUAGUCAGUUCUGGAAGAGAUAGAAAACCUGAAGAGUUGGCAUUUUCUGAAGAGUGUGCACUUAAAAGUUUGUCCUUUCGAGCAGAAAGGUGCUUCUACUUAGCAAAAUCUUACAGCUUGGCUGGAAAGAGGGCAGAAGCUUAUGCAUUAUACUGCCGUGCUCGGUCUCUUGCUGAGGACGCCCUACAGAAAUUCCGAACUUUGAAUGAGAAUGAUCAGAUAAUCAAAGAGUUGAAGAUGUUGUGUGACGAGUGCAGAUCUAACAGUUGUAUAGAGCAUGCAACAGGGAUCAUGGAGGAGGUGAAGGCUCCAGAGAAUCUCUCAAAAAGAGUCUCUAAUUUGUCAUUAACAGGAGCCAACAAGAAGUUGGAGAAAUUCCUUCUUGAGAAACUCGACAGCUACGAGUCUGCAGUCGGUGAUUCAAAUGUCAAGGGUGUUUCGCGCAUUGAAGUUUUCCCUCCUGCAUUUCAAGCAAUCCCUCGGAAUCCUAUUGUUCUAGACCUUGCCUAUAAUUUUAUUGAGUUCCCAUCUCUUGAAAGUAGGAUGAAGAAAGAGAAGAAGGGCUUCCUAAGGCUAUGGUGACGAAUUUUCUUGCAUGUCAAAUUUGAGGAAUUCUUGUAACUGUAUUUAGAGCCUUUGCAUGCGUUCAGAUUUUGUUCAUUUUUUAUUUUCUUUUCUUAAUUUUGGAACGUAGUGCAGUGAAAAUUUUUGGCUAAUAACUUUUUUAAAUUAACUGAGAAAAAAAGUGUCUGACUCUAUAGUUUGGUUGCUGCGAGAGAAAAAGAGAAUAAAGUUUGAAAUACUAUGAACCAUCAA